UGGAUGUUAACGGAAAGCCCAACCCGACUGUUUUCAACUUUUUGACGACUGCUACAAGCUUCAACAGAAAAUUCAAAAUCAAGGUCUCCAUGAUCGAGUGCCGGCAAAAAGUGCCUUGCGGGUGCGGUCAAUACUUCACGGGCAUGACGGGCACAAUACAGAGUUUCAACUACGGCAGCGGCCCGUACCUCGCUGAGCUCGACUACGGCAUCUGCACCAGGAAAGAGAAGAAUAAGUGCACGACGACCCUCACCACCCUCGGUCCCAGCUUCACGGCCUGCCCCUUCGACCUGUACAGGAUCCCCGUCGGCCAGACCGGCGCGAACAACGGGAUCGCUUCACUCAACGUCCAGGCACUUUACUGUCAGCUUUUUGCCACAAAUAAUCCGCCGAUUUUUCAGGAUGUGACAACUAUUCCGUCGCCCUUGACGAGUGUGUCUAACGGCCCUUUCAUGAUAUGGCACAUGACCAUCAACGACCAAAUUCCCAACGCCUUGAAUGGCGCCCCCGAAUUGGCUGGAUUCUACCAGUCUUUCACUCACAACCCGUGCUAGCUGAGAGAGGCGGGUGGCUUGUGUUCUAGUAGCUAUGUAGGAAUUUUCCAGUGAUUUAUAUUAUUUAAAUUAUAAAUGUUUAUAA